AUGGCGGAAAAACAGUGGAGAGAACCAAAGGCAAAGAGGGAGCUGUUUGACAAAAGAGAGGGAGAGAGUCUCGGUAAGAGCUGCAGUAGUGAAAGUGAACCUCAUGAACAAGAGUAUCAAACGAGCGAUUCAAGGUUAGAUGAAGAGGUUUCGCAAGAAGUCGCAAGUCUUACAAUAGCGGAUGAGAAUCGAGAUGGCAAAUGGCUAUCGAACCACCCUUGGGAAGCAGAAACACCAAAUAUCGUUCUCAAAAUGAAAGCAACGGUUUCCAAUUCAGCAUCAUAUCCCACAUCAGACGAAUGGACCACCCCAAGUAAAAAAGUGGAUCUGACUAAAAUCUAUGAUAACCUGCCCAAGUUUAUAGAAAGCGAGAUGAAAGGAACCAUUAACAGUUGUAGAGAAGAACUUACACAAGUGGUCACCAAUAUUUUAGAAAACCGGGAGCCUUUGAAUUUACCUCUAUCGCCACAUACUUGUGGGCAAACGAGUUGGAUUCAAAAGAUACGAUUUAACAACUUCAAGGGAAAAAGAUGGAUAUUUGUUCCAAGUUUCCGUAGAGCGCAGAUUGCAUUAUUGGAUUGGCCUGAAGAUGCCCUCCUGAAUAAAGAAUCUACCAUCACUGUUCUUGUAGUGAGGCCUUCAGAGUUUGAUGAGUAUGUGAGGCAUUGUGGACACGAAAACAUUGUUAUCAGACUCCCACAGGAUGAAAUUGGAGCAGGUUAUCCCCGAUACUGGAUUCAGAAAAUUGCACUGCGCUUGCAAUUAGAUUUUAUCUGGAUGAUGGAUGACAGUGUUGAAUGCUUUUAUGAAUAUCAUCCAACAGUAGUACCACCCCUUAAAUUCAAGGGUGGAAGUGACUACAGCGAAUACAGAAGGCGACAGUUUGGACUUGUGUUUGAGCGAAUCGAAAACUUUGUCAAAGCUGACAGCACUGAACAUGCUAUCGCAGCUAUGAGUCCAAGAAGAUGGUACCCACAGUGUAAACCAAAAAAGCCCUUCUCGUGCAAACCUCCACAUGGUGUAGUUUUCCUCAAUCUUAGAGUAUUACAAGCAAAGAAUAUUUUCUAUCGGCCAGAGCUUAAAACACUGGAAGACAUAUUGUUUGGAUAUGAAUGUGAAAGGAAGGGUUUGAAGGUUUUCCGUGAUAACCGUGUUAUGUUGUACGACCAUAACUGGAAGAACACAGGAGCGAGCAGUCCAUCGGUAAAAAAUAAGUGACAAGUUUGAAAUUCUGGACUGGAACUAAAAAUUUCAAAAGAAAUUCAGAUUUGCUCCGACGAACCCUGCAUUGCUGUAGAUCUCUUGAGUUCUAAUUAUUUUUUCAUGUGAGUCGCUUUUAAAUUUAAUCACUGAGCCAUGAUUAUGUAAAUAUUCGAACGAUCGUUCAGUUCCUUGAAUUUGAAUAUCCAGUCAAGUUAAGCUUUUAAGUGAGUGCAUCUAAAUAAAAUGUCUUAUCUGUAAAAGGUUUGUAAUUGAUCACAACAUUAUCAAACAACAUAUUGUCUGCAAGUGUCAACAUCCUACAUGUCAAAUUGACAGUCUGAAAUUGUUCAUUUUUCAGAUUUUUGUAAGGCAGGAGGUUUGGCAAUUAUGCAUCCAACCACAAAAUGUGCUGUAAUUAGUUUUAAUUUUCAAAAUGUAGACAGACUUUGUGAAUGUUUGGCAGAUUGCACAAUAACUGUUUGAUUGUCGAAGUCCCAAAUUUGACAGGUUGACUAUCUUGCAUGAGGUUUUUCAAAGGGAAAAAAGUGGACAUUAUUUUUGCAUUGUAUACAUUGGAUGAUAAAUAGCUUGUUAUCCAUAGACAUUUUAGUGUAUGGCAUACUUGUAGCUUAGUAUUUUUACUUCUUGUUUGUAUUUGACUCGCCCUGCCUGUUGUCAAAACACAGCACAACUUGUAAAAAUACUCAGUGAUACUACACACCAAAAUGCCUACUUAUAAUAGUUACAUGUGUCAUUAUUCCAACAAGCACAAUAAAGGAAGAUUCAAGGAUGAUGCAUACCUUUUUCCCUGAGGGUUGUGGUAGUCUUUUAGCAAACAUCGGCCUGUCACUUGGGAAACCUUCACAGCCUCCAGUAAGUUCCAGUGAGGUCUCCCUCUCUUCAGGGCUUCCGCCCUCAAAUGGAAGCCACAAAGCACACUUCAGUGUUACAGUCUGGUUUUGGGACCGCAUCAGGCUGCCAGUCAG